GCUGGGGCAGCGCCAGGAGCAGCGCCUUCGACAGCAUCGAACAUCAGUGCGAGAUUUAUCGCACCAGCUUGAGGAGUUGGAACAGCGCGUGGAUGGCGUGCAGAAGCGAGUGGAAAACGUGAGCAGAAGCAUCAGCCGUUCUGCAGAGGCGGUGGGGGUACAGGAGAAACGGGGACAGCAGCUUGACCAGCUGGCAAAUUCUUCUUCACUCAAGCGUGGUGCAGCCUCGGCCCUUUCUCAUGGCUCGCCCAAUUCAACGCGUGUUUCAAACUCCAGAGCAGACGUCAAGAUCGAGGACAAGCUUGAGGAGCUGGAGAGGAGACUCUGGCAAGCCACGCAGGAGUUUGACAGGCGCUUGACGGAAGAGCCUCACAACAAUUGCCCGAAGAGCCCCAAAGUGGAGGGCAGGGCCUUGCCAAUGUCCUCGGCUUCUUCGGAUUCUGCUAAUGUCCCCUUCACCACCGUUGCUCCGUCAAGUCACCAUGGUGAAGGCCACGGUGGCCACUCGCACGUUCACAUCCACGGCCCACUUGAUCGCGACAAGGCCCUGGGAAUCGGAAGCCUCAGCUUUGAGCCCAUCUUCAAUGAGCGCUACAACAAAGAUCGGGUGGCCCAAGAGACGAAGGGAUUCCUCUUCUUGCAGCGAACACUGCCCAUCAUGAUCGGAUUGCUGACGGCAGGGACUGCAUGGGUGGUGGGCCAAGCCAGCGAGCUUCUGGGAUCGAAACGCGCAGAGAUAGUGAACCAGACCAUCGUUGAGCGGGGAUGGUUCUGGGCUUGGUGUGCAGAAUUCUCCUUGAUGACAAUCCUUGCCUUGGCCGGUGGUUUCUUCGUGUACUGCGGUGACAUCUCCGGAACAAAGACCGCCGGGUCCUCUGGCAUUCCGCAACUCAUUGGCUUGCUCAACGGCUGCGAUUUGAAGGGCGAGUUCACUUUCAGGCAUUUGCUGGUAAAGUGGUUCGGCGUGUGUUUGGCAGUGGCUUCCGGCUUGGCGGUGGGUCCAGAGGGCCCCAUGAUUUUCAUCGGUGCGAGCAUUGGAUACUUUUUUUCCAGGUUGCCACAGCAUCCCACUGUUUGGCGAUGGCUGGGCACUCCGCCGGCAACAGUGGGUGACGAUGUGUUUACGCGCGACUACACAUCGAUUGGUGCUGCUUGUGGAAUUGCUGCGGCUUUUCGAGCACCAAUAGCUGGCACCCUUUUCAUCGUUGAAGAAGCGGCUUCCCAUUUUAAGAAAGAGCAGAUGGCCAACAUCUUUUUCGGAGGCCUGGCUGCUCUGGAGGUCAUUCUCCUAACAGGGGGUGCAGGAGCAGUUUUGGAAUACAAGGUCCAAGUCGGCACCGGCUGCAGUGACACACCCUACUGGACGAUUCUCUUUUGCGUGGUCAUCGGCCUCCUGUGCGGUGUCGUCGGCGCGGCGUUCAAUGCAUUGAACAUUCAGGUCAUGGAGUGGCGCUCGCGAUUCUGCAGUGCUGCAAGGCCUGCCCGGCGGGCCACGGAGAUUUUGAUCCUCUGCCUUCUGAGUUCCACGGCGUGGCUGGGUGUUGCCAGCUUGUUCGGCGAGCGGGAAGCCUCCUCGUCCACGCUCUUCGCCCAGAGCAAUGGUUGCAUUAAAGAUGAUUACAGAAACCAGAUCAUCAACGGCUCCGUGAUUGAGCGUCGUGGAGGUAAGCACGUUCAGGGUUAUUUCCCAGCUCCGUGCUUGUAUGGCGUGCAGUACUCGAAGAUGUGCAACGAAGUGCAUGCUUUGGCUUCAAGCAAUCCUUUCGCCAAGACUUGUGUCCAAGCAGUGACUACCCCGGACAUGCAGAAGCUCACAGAUUUCCAGGACUACUGCUGCAGCUUUAGCAGCAUGGACGAGUUGAAAGCAGGGAGCUUUUCCGUGCCUGGCAAUGCCUCCUGUCCGAUUGACCUCGGAGAGUUUGCUCCGAGCCUGAAGAAGAAGGAGACGUUCGGCCUUACAGAGUCUGCCGACGAACAUUCGAGUUUCAACUCGGUGGGCUUGCUUAGCUUGGUUCCUUUCAAGACGGCUUGUCAAAAUCUUUUUGCCCGCGGGAUGCCGAACCUGGUCACCAUCGAAGCCAUGGCAGCCUUUCUCGUGCUGUUCUUCAUUUUGGCCGCGAUAACUGCAGGGUCCGCCAUUCCAUCCGGGACACUCAUGCCCCAGAUGGUGAUUGGAGGUCUGAUUGGGCGGAUCUUGGCGGUCGUCCUGAUGAAUAUCCAAUCAGCAACCAUGCCUGGGACAGGAAAGUCUUGGGCACAGCCGUACCAAGUGCUCUUCGGAGCUGGAGGUGUGUUCCCAGAUGGCUCACCGGUGACUCUGGAGCCGAACGGUUUCCUGGACCCAGGGAUCGCCGCAUUGAUGGGGGCUGCAGCCUUCCUCGGAGGGAGUGGGCGAGUCACUCUCUUCACCACCGUCAUGAUGGUCGAGAUUACCGGCGAUCCAGUCAUGAUUUUUCCCGUGGGUUUCUCCACAGUCUUUGCCGUGCUGGUGGGAAAUCUGAUCAACCACGGCCUGUACCACUCAUUGAUUGACGUCCAGUCCACCCCAUAUCUCCCGGACACAUGGCAAGCGGACCAGCUCCCACCCGGGAUUGUUGUUCGUGACAUGAUGCCGAAGAACAAGCCGAUUGAAAUCAAGCUGGCUGGUGGACGGGAGGGCAUCAAAGAUGCCCUCAAAGGCAACAAUUUCUCUGGCUUCCCAGUGGUCGAUGCCAAGCGAGUCGUUGUGGGAAUGGUGGACCGGAAAGAUCUAGAGGAGCUCCUGGAACAAGAUGAUGAAAUCACGGCUGAGGAUCUGAAGCGCUGCUCCAGCUUGUAUCCAGUCACUGUUCGGGAGAGCUUCCCUCUUCAAAGCGCCUACCAGCUCUUCAAGAGCAUGGACAUGAAAAAUCUCGUGGUCGUGGAUGACAAUCACGCACCACUUGCGGUGAUGACCCGCUUUGCCUUCCUUGCCUGGCGAGUGGCAGACAGGAUGGGGGGCCGAAUCCAUGAACUCCACGAGCGCGAGUUGCAGAGGCGACGAUCUCGCCGAAGCAGCUUUGCCGGACAAAUUGUGCAUGCCGGCAGGACACCCAGUGCAUCGCGGCGGAAGGAAAAGAACGAUGCGAGGAACACCUCGGUUAUAUUGAGAUGGAAAGAGAGCUUGAAACGUUUGCGAGAGCUACCCUGGAUCACGCCGUCUGUUGUGCCGAUUGACUUGUUCUUUUUCCGGCGCAUCUUCUCCAGGCUGUACAGUCAACAUGGCGAUAGCCACGGGGAAGUUCCUGUUAGUGUAUUUCAACGAAGCGUUGUUCGACUCUUUCGCUUGAUGCAGAUGGAUCGGCAGGCUGAUGAGUUCUCGGCUGAUGAGUACGACGUCGACGGUUCUGGCGCAGUUGGGUGGUAUGAAUUUGUGACGGUCUGGCGAAAAGCCGAUGUCUCCGUCAAGCUCUCGCUUCCUGAGCGAAUUUUUGUGUUAAUGGAAGAGCCUACAUCGUCUUUCCUCGGUGUCAUGGCAAGUGCCCUCCUGAACGUCUUGAUUUUUCUCUCGUGCGUUUGCUUCAUGAUUGCAACCCUGCCGGAGAUGAAAGAGACUCUGUGCGAUGGGUGUGAGCCGGAGCAGAGGAGGGAGUUCCAAGCCUUCGAAUCAUUUUGUGUUGGGAUCUUCGCGCUGGAGUAUAUCGUGAGGGUGUGCUCUGCGCCAUUUACGAGAUCCGAACUCUUGCACUAUGAGCAGUUUUUGGAGCAUGUCACAGACAACCAGGCCAACUUUAGCCCUUCCCGCUUCGUUCGUUUCAUGGGCUUUGUCAUUCAGCCCAUGAACCUGAUCGACCUUUUCGUAAUCGUUCCCUUUGUGGUUGAGUCGUCCUUGAGGAUCACGACUGCAAACUUCACGGUAUUGCGUGUUCUGCGGCUGACGCGAUUAUUUCGACUGGUAAAACUGGGUAAGUCCUUCGAAGUCUUGCAGAUCAUCGGCAGAGUCUUUCACAAGUCCAUUGCCAUGUUUUGGGUUUUUGCUGUCAACUUUUCUUUGGCACUUUGCUUCUCUGCUGCGACGAUCUACUUUGUGGAGGGCGGUGAAUGGGACGAGCAGACGAAGACCUACAUGCGAACCGGGCAUAAUGGUGAAAGGUCUGAGACUCCUUUCCUGAGCAUUCCGCAUUCCUUCUGGUGGGUCUUCGUGACUUUCACCACAGUUGGAUACGGUGAUGUCAUUCCAGAGACCUUCUUGGGGAAGCUGAUCGGGGCGAGCAGCAUGCUGGUUGGCAUUUUCGUCUUGGCACUUCCUAUCAGUGUAAUCUCGACGACCUUCGGCGAAGUUUGGCACGAAUGGAAGGAAGAGCUUCGGCUAGAGGCGCAAUCCCGCGAGGAGGAUCUGCGAAGUGUUGAGCUCGCUCUUCAGAUCAUCGAAAACCGCACGCACCUGACGAUCGAGAUCUACGAUCACUCUGAUCGUUAUCCUCCAGAACUUCUGGGACAUGUGCAGUGGCGCACUCUCCCGCUGGACUCGCAGGAAACUGUCGAAUGUCGCGAUGAUUCGUUUCCCAUCAAGAGCUCGGACAAGGUGCACGCGGAUCUUUCACUCGGAGAGGCAGUUGUGGGCUUCACUUGGACGCCUUCGGAUGAGCGGGACGUUUCAAGGUAUUCUGGCACUCUGGAG